UCAUGUUUAUAUUUGAAUCUGAAGUAAAAGGAAGAACCUGAACACACAACGCUUUGUACCUUUAUUAUCCCACACGAUCGCGAUAUUGGUGCCGUUACAAAAAAAAUGAAUCUACAGAGAAUACAGAUACAGAGAGAGGGUCACCGCCGUUUCAUUGAGAAAUAUUUGGAGAAAAUCGAACAAUCUAAGGAGAACGAUUCAUUGACCGAUUUUCACGUUAUUCUCAACGCUAUUGAAGCAAAAGUCACGAUUCUAGAGACACUGAAUGAGAAAAUACUUUCACAGACGGAGAUAGAGGGAUUGGAGGAAGAAAUAUUUCAAACAGACACGUAUUCAGCGGAACUGGAUAUCCAGCUGUGUCGCUUACAAGCUUUCCGAGAUCAACAGGAGAAGAGAGUAGCCCCGCAUGCUACCGAUCUACCACGAGAUGACCAGAGAAAUUUAAGUAAUCAGCAGCGCAACAGCAAUGGUUUGAACCCAGACGCUUCUUCUUUCUUUCCCGACAGAACUGUGACGCCAGGAAGUGUGGCGGCGAACUCUUACAGCCUGGCUCCCGGCGAUGUUGUUCUGAAGAUAGGAAACGUGAACGCCACGAACAUCAGCCACAACGAGGCCCAGGAUGUGGUCUGCGGGGCCACAAACAUCCUGCAACUCACAAUCAAGAAAGGUCCCGGAAAAAGCGCCUCUAUGACAACCACGCCCAUCGGGUCCGAUAACUUCACCGACAACAGCCCACAGCAUCCACGUGCUCAAAGGCAGACGUCGUCCGGAAGUCAGCCAGUUGGUAAUGUGUACGACGCGACAAUUAGCCCUGGCUUUCAGUCCUGCUCUUACAUGUCAGACGAACCUCCGCCUACCCCACCCCCACCUGACCUAUCAACCGACUCGUUCCUUCAAGCGUUCCGGAGAUUUGCCAGCCGAAAGUCGUUGCCCACGGUGAUGGUAUUAGACAAUGCUACGACAUAUAUUGCUGCUUCCAAUCACCUUAAGAAGCUAUUCAACUACCAAGUCGUACAAGAAGAACUUAGCAGAAAUGGAACAGAGCGGCGAUUUAUUCCCAAAACGUACAACGUGCAAACUCUAACCAUUAGAGACAGUCAAUGA